AUGCCGUUAAAACAGCUGGCCGGACAGGGUGACGAUCGAUGUGAGGAAUCUAUGGAUUUGGACUUCAAUUCCAACGCAAUAAGAACAACUGAUUCGUCUCUUCAGUUCCCGGACACCCAAAUUGGUAAAAAACAGGACCUCUUGAAAAAAAAUGACUCACCGGAUCCGCAAAUCGAAGAUCUUAGUGAGGAUUAUGAAGAUCCAGCUCGACCGUCGGGGACUAUAGAAUGGGAAUUCACAAACAUCGAGGACCCUCGGAUACUCAGUAACCCAGUAAUAAUUCGUUGUCUCCCGUGGAAAAUCCUGAUUGUUUUCCCCCGCCCCGAUAGUCGUCCUUCAAUGGGAAUGUUUCUUCAGUGCAACGCUGAUAGUCCCCAGACCACCUGGACUUGCUACGGUCGCGCCAAACUUGAAUUACUGUCGCAAACUAAGGGUCAGAGUAAAACGUACACCAUCCGCCAUGUAUUCGCCGCUAAGGAGAACGACUGGGGUUACCAGUCCUUCAUUUCAUAUGCUGAUCUCUUUAACCCGGACAGUGGUUAUGUGGUGAACAAAACCCUUCGUGCGCGCAUUCAUGUUGAAGCGGACGCCCCGCAUGGUGCUGAAUGGGACUCGAAAAAGUUAACUGGUUUUGUCGGUCUAAAGAACCAAGGUGCGACGUGCUACCUAAAUUCCGUACUCCAGGCCUUCUACUUCACGAAUGCGCUUCGCAAGGCCGUCUUUCAGAUGCCCACAGAAAGUGACGACAUUGCCACAAGCGUGCCACUUGCGUUACAGCGCACGUUCUUCGAUCUGCAGUGUUCUGACAUGGCCAUUGGGACAGAAAAACUUACGCGAAGCUUCGGAUGGACCACAUUGGACUCCUUCAUGCAACAUGACGCACAGGAACUCUGUCGCGUGUUGCUGGAGACCAUGGAGAGCAAAAUGAAAGGGACGGACGUGGAAGCGAUAAUCCCAAGACUGUUUUGUGGGAACAUGGUUUCAUACAUCAAAUGCAAGAACGUGGACUGCGAAUCAAGGCGGGAAGAAGAGUUUUAUGACAUUCAACUGAAGGUGAAGGGUAAUCGUGGCGUUGAAGAGGCCUUUAAAGAGUACGUGGAGGUAGAGACACUGGAUAAAGAUAAUAAGUAUGAUGCGGGAAAAUUCGGUUUACAGGAUGCUGAGAAAGGCAUCUGGUUUUUGCGGUUCCCACCAGUUCUUUACUUGCAUUUAAUGCGCUUCCAAUAUGACUUUUUGUCCAAUACCAAUUUCAAGAUCAAUGAUCGUUUUGAGUUCCCAUAUGAGUUAGACCUGAGUGAUUAUCUGCUUAAGGAGUCAGGAACAACAGAUGACAAACCGCAGUAUACGAAGUACUUUUUGCACGCGGUUCUGGUGCACUCGGGGGAUCACCAUGGUGGGCACUAUGUUGUAUAUAUCAAUCCCCGUGGAGACAAUAAGUGGUAUCAAUUUGAUGAUGAUGUUGUGUGCAGUUGUAUGCCAAAAGACGCGAUCGAACAGAAUUAUGGUAGCGAUGAACCCGAUAGCAGGGCCUUCACGAACGCCUACAUGCUGGUGUACAUCGCUUGUGAUGCUCGGGAGGAAGUUUUGUGUCCAGUGACUGAGGAAAUUAUUCCAACUAGUCUCUCCAACCGCUUUCAAGAGGACCGUUCCCUUGAGGAACAAAAACGACGCGUAAAGGACAGUGCUCAUGAAUUUGCUACAGUCAAUCUCCUUCUGGAGGAGGACUUUUAUGGCUUCGAGGGUCCUGAACUCCUUCAAAUCAAUGAGAUACCGAUUCGGUCGGUUCGUGUUCCUCGACAGGGCACUGAUAGUAACAAGUUGCUUGAGGCUGUUGCCAAGUUUCUACAGUGGCCGCUGCAAGAUCUCUGUCUGUGGCGUAUCAGCCAGCGUAAGGCAGGCGGCGCGGUCGAUUUCAGUCCCCAAAUCCCCGCCGACCUCUCGGCAGACAGUAUAUUGACGCUUUGGGUUCAUCGUCGGGAUCUGGGUGCACCCCCCGUCGUUCAUCCCAAUGAGUCACGUCUCUUAUUCUUUAAGUACUAUGACCCUCGCCUCUGCACUCUUUCUUACUGUGGACACGCUGAGCUGCCGCUUUCAGGACCAGUGGAUGCUCUCUCUUUCCUGAAUGAGCGCGUCGGUCUGCCACCUGACGCACCUCUUGUCUUCUAUCAGUUGAACGCUACUGGGCAGCCGCACCGUCUUGAUCUAUCUUCUUCACUUCGCCACAUUAAGCAUGGUGAAGUCAUUUGCUUCCACAUUGAUACCAGUCAGUCAAAGGGCAAGGAAGUGAUGGACCAAUUGUUGCUUGCAACUUCGUUGGCAAAUAACAGCAUUGAGGACUCAAUGGGAAAUAAUCAUAGCCACCGGCGUUAUGAAAUUCCUCAGGAUGCGAGUUUACAUCUUUACAAAAUGGCCAUUGACGGGCGUGAGGUGCGCCUGCCAGAGAAGCCUCUCUCAUCGACUCUCAUCUUUGCUGAUUACCUUAAGUCAUCUGCUGGGCUGGUUGACAUUUUGCUCGUGGACAAGUUGCGCAAGUCAGAUGUUGGUAUCCUCAUUCGUGUUUCCUCGUGGCUGUCUUACUCCGCGUUUGCAGAACUUGCUGCGGGCUACCUAUCGGGUCGGGCUGACCACUUGCAGUUCUUCACCUGUCAACCAGUCACCUCCACCGCCGUAAGCGCAACUACUAACAAAGGGGGCGCAGGUGGACCCCAGCAGGACCUCCAUGCUGUAGCUACAAACCCACCCCCACUGUCCAACGAGUUUGGCAGUGGUAAUUGCUACUCACCAAACGGUGCUAGCGGAGGCGUCUCCGUCCUAUCCGAACAAGCGCGAGCUGCGAGGGCCUCAGGUUUUGUUGGUGCCUCAGCCAAUGUAAUUGGAGCGCUAGCCUCAGCUGCUCACCAGGGUCUUAUCCGCGAACCACCAGGUCCACCAAUCCCCUCGACAACAACUGGAACUCUCCGUGAUUUUCUAUCGCUUCCUCCCAACGUUUCAACUAUUGCAACUCAAUACCCGACUGGCAAUGCGGGUGCUCAAGAUCGUCCUCCGCUCUGCGUGUCCCGUUACUCUGGAGUUCCUAGAAUUACCCCUUCUCCUUUUAGCAAUCACAAUUUUCAUACACCCGCACCUCGCCGUGUCUACUACGCCCACACUGCUCUUCCUGUGAGACAACUGGAAUCACUAAAGCAAAUACAAGUGGCCUUCUUCGGACCCCGUCUCUCAGAUCGCUUGGACCUCGCCCUAUCUGUACCUGGUAACGGUGUUGUUUCGGAUAUCCUUGCUGAAGUCCGAUCACACGUUUCGCUGUCUGGAUCUGGUAAGCUUCGUCUAAUGGAGAUUCGCUCAAACCGAAUAAUGCAAAUUUACGACGAAUCAUAUCCAUUGGAGAAGAUUGAUACGUCUUUAGUGUCACUGCACAGCGAUUUGACUGACAAUCUUCACUCGGGUUUGAGAGUUGAAGAGAUUCCUUUGGAUGAGGAGAACUUGCAGCAGGAUGAUUUGGUGAUUAACGCCGCACACUUUCAUAAGGACUGUACAGAAACAUUUGGCGUGCCGUUCACUGUGCGUGUGCGGAACGGCGAGUUGUACAGUGAUGUGAAGAAGCGAAUUCGUGAACGCCUUGAAUUUGUAAACGAAAAGGAGUUUGAUGCCUGGAACUUCGUCCUCGUCACGAGGCAUAAGUCCAUUAGUAUCCCUAUUGAAGAAGACGUGCCUGUGAAGACAGAGAUAUUUACAAGUGAUAAAAAUGCGACCUCAAGACCAUGGCUCGGUGUUGUCCACAAGCCGCCAAAGCGCCCUCGCUACGCGCCGAGCGAAAAAUCCAUCAAGAUUCAUAACUGA